AGAAAGCUACAGCGGCGACGUAAGGUUCGUGGGUGUAGUGACCGCCAGGCAGUGGCUGCUCUGAGAGUUGUCGAAAGUUGUGUGUGGCAGUGCGAUUAGGGCGUAUAGCAAGGCGAGGCCGUGUUGAGUUUCUUUGGUGCCGAAAUAAUUUUUAAGCUUCUGCAGUGUUGAAUGCGGUUAUAACUUUUGAAUUGCUUUGGAGUUUGUACCUUGAAUAUUGUUUUUAGCAUUAGAUAGUAUUGCGACAGCAAUGGUUGUAAAGGUAUACAUUUCAGGAAUAUCUGGAAAUAAAGAGGUGAAAAAGCAUCAACAAAGAGUUAUGAUGAUUCUUGACAGCAAGAAUAUUGAAUAUGUGGUUGUGGAUAUAACAGAGCCUGGGAAAGAAAGUGAUAAAGAAUUCAUGCAAAAAAAUAGCAAUGCUAAAGAUUCAAAAUACCCAUUACCACCUCAGAUGUUCAAUGAAGAAGAGUAUUGUGGGGAUUAUGAAGACUUUGACUUAGCGAAUGAAGUUGAUGACCUUGAAAGAUUCCUCAAAUUGUCUCCAAGUGUUUCAAAAGCUGAAAUUACAUUGGAACCCUCAGCUCCCGCAGCAGCACCAGUAGCUGCAGCAGCAGCAACAGAAGCAGAAGAAAAAGCACCUGUUGAAAACGGUGUUAGUUCCAGCAGAGAGAAUUCUUCAGAAAAAGAAGUUGCUCCCAAGAGUGAAGAACAAGCAGAUGGAGAUGCAGCCACUAAAGAUGAAAGUGAAGAGGCGAAUGAAGAAGAGUAAUUGUCAUUGGAACAGGUGUCAUAAUGUUUGUCCUUGGUUGGUGCGUUUCUGAAUCUGUGGUUUUUCCUUAUUAAGGUUGAAUUACAUUUAAUGGAGUGGAUUGCAAGACAGUUUUUCCUCAGAGAGAGUGCUUAUUAUAUUGGUUUAAAUUUACUGUAACUUCCAGUAAAUUGAAAGACUGGACCUUGUUUGAUUUUUCACUAAUUGUCCUCAAACUGCCUAUUUUAAAUCUUUUAUUAAAGUUUGUAAUAUAGGAGCAAGUUUGUGUGAUUUAAAAAUACGUAGGAAUAAAUAAUACAACCUCAGUGAAACAUUACAUACAUAUAAUGUAUCGUGGGGCUAAUAAUGGUGGAAUUUUACGGAUUCAUGUUCUUGAGAAUGCAUUACUUUCAAACAUUAUGGACUUUGUUAAAACAGCAAAAUUUUAUUCAUAAGUUAGAACCAUUUGCAGUGUGUAUUCUCAAGUUUUGUAUUACGUAAAAAGUUCUAUUUAGAAAAGAACUUACAUCAAUAGUUUUUUGAACAAUAUACUGCGUUUUAUACUGUGCACCAUACUUGUUGAGCAUACUCUUGAUACAUUCAAGAAGUUGACAACAAUUUAUACGUUGCACUAAUAACAUAAAACAAUUUCUGGUAGCAAACGUUUUGCUAGUUUCAUGCUCAUUAAAAUAAAUUCUGGUGCUACUAUUGAAUUCAUGACUUACUAUUAGUGAUCAUUUCAUGACUAAUGAUGUCGUACAGGAAAGUAUGAUAAAAUCAUAACUGUUUUAUUUGCUUUUGUGUUCUGCAAUCAUUUGACUAACUCAGGCGAUAGUAACAUUGGCAUACUUUUUUCUUGUUUGUUUCAUGCAAGGGAUUUGAGAGGGAGAUGUUUCUAAGAUGUAUCUCUUUUUAGUGUUAUUAAUUGCAGGGUGAAAUCAUGAAUUUCACCUUUGCUAAUUCAUAUGUUAUGAGAAAAAUGGACCAAGGAGAGAAACAGGAUGUAAUGUAAGCAUGUACAAUUCCAUUGGUGAUCAUUGUCAUCUCUUCAUUGCCAAUUCGUGUUGUGUUCAAGCAGUAGAACAUAAUUGUUUAUUGCCAUCAACUUAGAUGUCUCUAGUGGCAAGACUGUAAUAAACUCCCCUUUUUAAAUAUUCUGUGGUUCUUAAUUUCAGUAGUUCCAAUGAAGAUUUGUUGCUGGAAAACUGCUUGCGGAGCUAAGUAGAGGAGGAUACUGAACACGUAAAGUGAUUUUGUGGUGGUUAUAUUCUCUGUAUUUAUGUCAAGGGAGCUUGGUAAUUACUUUUUGCCAUUCUUAUGUUAAUCAUGCCAACUUGGUUAGAUAAGUCACUGGGUAAAUUCCAGUCACUGCUGUUAUUUGCUUUGUGGAAAAUGCCAAGAUAGUCAUAAUGCAGUAAAUUAUAUUUGCAACAAAUUAGUAGACUCAUUUGCAGAACAUAAAUAUAUAAUGUUAGAAUUUGAAAGCUUUAUUUUUUCAUUGUGCAUUUGUUAGCUCUCUAUAGGAGAAUUUUGAAUGCCAAUAUUAUCAGUUAGCCUUGAGUGGAGAAACUUGUGAUAUACACAAGUGUUUUUUGUAAUCGGUCUUUGGUCUACAAGUGGAUUUGUUGUACCUUACCAACAAAACUGCCCUUAUGCAAUUUUUGAGAGAUUUUUUAAUUUCUAUUUUGGAAUGUAAUUUGGUAUUGCACUGAAUUUUAUAUAAAGAUCACAUCUCAAAAUCCAAGCAUGUCAUUCUUUUAUCUUACAAAUUGUUAAUGACUUUGUUUUCUUAGUGUGGAAUACUAAAGUAUCACAAUAAUGUUAAUCAAUUGUACCUUUCAAUUUAUUGUUCAAGAGGUUAGGUGGUAAUUUGUUAUGUGGUUUUGAAGUGUUUGCUGUAUUCAGAUGAAUUGAUAACCAGUUUCAAUAAUUCUGAAGUGAAUUUUAAUAUUCUAAACUUUGCAAAGAUAUAAGAAUUAUUCCCCCUUGAGCGUAAAGUAUCAUGUAUUGUUAAUGAUGGCCUAUUUCAGUGUGUUCAGCAAACCCCCGUGAGUUCUAUCACUUAGAUGCUACAAUUCCACUUGUUCAGUUCAACAACAUUGUAUUUGACAGUUCUCUUGUGAACGGGAAUGUUCAUGUAUAUACCAUAUUUAAACUGAAUCUUAAGAGAUGAUGUGUUCAUAUUGUUCAUAAUCUUUCAUUAGUUAUUGGAUGCUUUUUUAUUGCUUAUUUGAAAGUUAAAUAUUAUGCAUCAGAAUAAAUAUAUCAUGAAUAAAAAUUGUUGUUUCCAUAGUUAUUAGUUCAAAGAAACAAAGAUACUACUAGUGAGUAAGUGACUCCUUAGUUUCUAUUGCGGGUUGUCAGAAACCAUUGUUUACACUUGUUCUCCUUUGAGUAGCCAAAUCUGGGAGUUGUUCCCAAAUUACGUGGUGUUUAUUUGCUGAAAAGUUGAUUUAAUUACCUAGGGUAUGUUUGUUCAGACUAAAGUUCCUAUGUAAGCGUGAACUAACAUUCUUAUUCUUUCUUUGUAAAUUUUAUCAUUUUAUCUCUUUUCAUUUAGAUUUGGAUUAACUAAUACUCUUAUUAUUCUCUUUAAAUUUUCAAAUAUAUGAGAAAUGCUGAAGAACUUUAGGACUUAAUUUGUGAUAGAUUAUUAUUAUUAUUAUUGAUAUAAUCACACCUACAUUUAAGUCAAAGAAAUCCCUAAGACUUGAAAAUUCAUAAGAGAAAUCACAUGAGCAUUCACAAAUCCUUUAUUACUCAUUAAAUAAAAGCUUAAGAAAUGUGUAUAUUGCUAAAAAGAAUGUUAACUGCUUCUGAAACAAGUCUUAUUUUGUAGUUCAAGAUGUAUAGACAUCAUCAGUUUGUAAGACACUUUAUGCAAGUUUCAUUUUGUUUUAAUGAGUCAUUUUUAUAUUGCUUUUACUGUAAAUGAAAACGGCAAAAUUAUAAUGAAAGUAGAUUUGGAUAGUUUUCAAGUGUGAGAAUUCUUAUCUUUCCUGUUGCUGUGAUAUUUUUUAUCAAUAUUUAACUGUUAUGAAGACAUUUAAUAGAUUAUUUUACUGGGAGUCUAAGAGAAGAUUUCUGUGCAUAGUAUUGUGUUAGAAACAUUUCUUAUAUAUAUUUUGUUCUUGUGGAACUCAUUUAACUUCAUUUCUGUACUGUGUGGUUGCAGAGACUGUACAAAUAAAAUGCAUACUUGUGAUUUGAUUGUCUUUUUUAAAUUGAAAUAGAUGGGAAUGUAUUUAAAAUUCAACAUGUAAUUGAAAUUCUAAAUUUCAAUUUUUUUCUGUUUGUAAUUCAGAAUACUUGAUUUGCAUACAGAUUUUAAGUUCUUAACGUGACUUAAAACCUUUAAAUACAAGGGUAUUGUAUGAAAGAUGAUAGCAAAUAUUUGUCAUCAUCAUUUGGUUGUAAAUAUUGUUGCAGUAUUUGUUUUUAUUGUGUUUGAAUUUUGAAUAAGGGUUUCAAAACAAAAUUCGUUGUUGAUAAUAACUUUUGUUAAUUAUUGUGGAUCUACAUUCCAACAGUGCAUUUCGAUAAAUAUACUCUAUAAUUUUGACAAAUUGCACAUGUGUGAUAUAGAAUUUGUUUCAUUUCUUGAGAAUGUUUCAUUCCUUAUUUUAGUUUCUUGUUAAUUAAUGUCAAAUGUCUGUCACUACUUAAAUUUGUUAUUUGGUCUAUGAAUUUAUUAUGGACAGAUCAAAUUGUAAUCUAAAGGAGGUUAUUCUUGUUCGCGACUAAAGCAGCAUUAUGUAAAUCAUAUGUGAAAUUUACAUGAUGCAGUUUUAUUUGUGAACAUGAAAAACCUUCUAUAGUUUACAUCUUGGUCUAUCGGUAACUCUGUGGCGAAAUAACAGUUGUGUAUUUAGUCUUGUGCUAGAAACUAAUUUGUUUGCUCAAAGCCAGUUAGCGUAAUAAAAUUUAACACAUUUUGCAAUUGUGUUCAAGAAAAAUUUCACAAAAAUGUUUAAUCUACUGUGUUGUAUGUUAUUGGUUUUACAUGAUCUGCGAAUGUGAAUUAUUCAGUAAGUUGAAAGUAAUAAUGGAAAGUUUAUUUGGACAUAGAUCAAUAACUUUUUCAGCGUGCAAAUACAAAUUAAUGCCAUCCUUCAUUCAUUGGAUUUAACACAUCUCCAAAUUUUCUUUUUCAAAACUAUUACUUUUGUCGUCAGAAAAUUCAUUGUUCAUUCUAAAAUGUUCUUAUUCUACGUCGUGCAAUCGGGUGCAAGUUUCUUGCCAAACUUAACUUGCAGUUGGAUUAGGCGCACUGCAGUGUUCAGCCAGCAAUGGCCGAGCCCAAAGCGUUCGGAAAGCAAUUGAGAGAUCGAAUAGUGGGGGACCCUGACUGAGAAGCGUCUGGAUUUAUAUGUGGAGCUUCACCCGCCUCGCAGUACUCCUGAUUGUCUCGGCGACGACUGGUCAAGUGCCAAAGAAUCUUACGCUACAGUUCGAGAAACUUGGCAUCCCAUGUCUUCUGGCGGCGCAACAAAUGCGACCUUCGAUUGCUUCCUCAUUGUACAUCGCACUUUUUUUCAGUUGAAGUGAAGUGACAAUUUUAAAAGAGCCCACCCAACAUUGUAUUUAACCGCAAAAUACGAAUGUGUUGACCAUAUUCUUAAUUUUCCGCAGCAGUGGAUAAAUUUCAAUAUUAAAAUCCAUUCAAUAAAAUGAGAAUUUAAACAAAAUGCAUGCGCCUGC